GCUGGCAUGGGUAAUCUCAUUAAGGUGCUAACCAGGGACAUAGACCACAAUGCAGCACAUUUUUUCUUGGAUUUUGAAAAUGCUCAACCUACAGAAUCUGAAAAGGAAAUUUAUAAUCAGGUGAAUGUAGUGUUAAAGGAUGCAGAAGGAAUACUGGAAGACUUGCAGUCAUAUAGAGGAGCUGGCCAUGAAAUACGAGAGGCAAUACAGCAUCCCAAUGAUGAGAAGCUGCAGGAGAAGGCAUGGGGUGCAGUUGUUCCAUUAGUAGGCAAACUAAAGAAAUUCUAUGAAUUUUCUCAAAGACUAGAGGCAGGAUUGCGAGGUCUGUUAGGAGCCCUGACAAGCACUCCAUAUUCACCAACGCAACACCUGGAGCGAGAGCAGGCUCUUGCUAAGCAGUUUGCAGAAAUUCUUCACUUUACACUCCGUUUUGAUGAGCUCAAGAUGACAAAUCCUGCUAUACAGAAUGAUUUCAGCUACUAUAGAAGAACUCUGAGCCGUAUGAGGAUUAACAAUGUCCCAGUAGAGGGAGAAAAUGAAGUAAAUAAUGAAUUGGCAAACAGAAUGUCUUUAUUUUAUGCUGAAGCAACGCCGAUGUUGAAAACUUUAAGUGAUGCUACAACAAAGUUUGUGUCAGAGAAUAAAAAUUUACCGAUAGAGAAUACUACAGACUGCUUAAGCACCAUGGCUAGUGUGUGCAGGGUCAUGCUGGAAACCCCUGAAUAUAGAAGCAGGUUUACAAACGAGGAAACAGUAUCAUUCUGUCUGAGGGUAAUGGUGGGUGUCAUCAUACUCUAUGACCACGUGCAUCCCGUGGGCGCUUUUGCCAAAACUUCAAAAAUCGAUAUGAAAGGAUGCAUCAAAGUUCUUAAAGACCAGCCUCCUAACAGUGUAGAAGGCCUUCUAAAUGCUCUCAGGUACACAACAAAGCAUUUGAAUGAUGAGACUACCUCCAAGCAAAUUAAAUCCAUGUUGCAAUAACAGUUACCUGGAAUUCGCACCUGCUGUAGACAGACAGUAUUCUGCAAUGACUGAGAUGCACAGAUUUAUUUUUUUUUUUAGUGAUUGCAACUACUAUCUCGUUCAUUCUUGCUUUUUGUUUUCUCUCUUCCUGUUUACCCUUUUUUUAAUCACUUUCUCGUUCUUAAGUAAGCUCGGACUUCUUUUCUGUGCCAAAUCAAUGAAAAUUAUCAAUUCUGGAAAGUAUUUCUACUUUUCAGAAUAGCCAUCCUAAGUGGCAGCUAAUUAUGCGUUGCAUUUGGAUUUCUCUGUACUGGGGAAAGAUUUGUGACUUGAACUAAAUAUUUUUAAACUUGUGGUUUUUUCUUUUUUUGAAAAACUAAUAUUUAAUAUUGCUUCUUCUGCAUGGCAAGACUGCCUACUUCUGCUAUUUAAAAAUCCCUUGAUGACUUCAUUUUCUAUUGCAGCUUAUUUUCAUGUGCAACCAUGAGGAAACUAAAAGCAGAUUUGUUUAAAUUAACUGUGUUUGUACAAAAUGGUACCCAACACAAAGGUUUUUUUAAAUGAGUAAAAACUGUUUUGUUUAAAAGUUACGUUUGCAUUUUGACUCAUUUUUGUAAGGAUGUAUGUUGUAUGUUUAACCUUUAAUAACUAACGUUGAACUGUGGUGUGUGCGUAGCAAAAUUACGUAUGCAUGUUCAUGUCAAAUGAUUGGCUGUGGAUAAGAUAAUAAAAUCAGCUUUCAUUUUUC